GCUUCCCCAGUCCAUCCCCAUUCGUCGUGGUGAAACUUGAAUUGAGAUCUCUGCACUUUCCUGUAGUGUAGAAGAAGCCCCCGUUCCGUCGGCUGCGGGCGUUAUGCGGCGGUGGUUACCUCAUUACUGUCACCGGCCACUUCCACCUCCUCCACGCUCCGUCCACGCUCCACUGACCUCCACCACCGUGAGGGGACCACCUGGGGCAGUGCCGUUUUCCACUUCUCUUUGUCUCCAUGCGGCGACCACCUUCGUAGCUCACCUCCACCGUCUCUGACUGUCCCCCGACGAUCAAUUGAAGUUCCUUCUGCAUCCUGCACCUAAUUACCUACUUCUCAAGAGGCAAUCCGAAGCUGCCUCUGCGACACUGCACACUGCGAAUCCCUCAAAACCGCAAGAUUUACCGUCUCCAACCACCAGGGAAAGAGGCACUCGCCCCUCCCCCCCCAAACCCGGCCUACAAGCAUACAGUAUCAGCAAAAACUCUAUCAGUCAGCACUUCCUUGCCGUACCUCCGUACCGGGCAACCACCCGCCCAACCAGAUCGGCCACAUCCGGCCCUUCUUUUCUUUCAUCACCUUCGCCUCCUCCGAACGGGUUCGCCGCUAUUCUUGGAAGCUGCAACCAACGAUUCCAGAACAAUAGCCCUUCGGGCCAUGAAUGGCUGCCCUCUUGCCGCCUACCCGUUUGGUCAUGCAUAGUAGCGUUGAGUCUGAACGGCCGGCAUCGCCUUCCCCCGCAGUUGCACCUCCAGCAGCACCCGCAAUAAUGGACAGCACCGCGAAGCUGGUUUCUGAUCUGCACCAGAAACUCGCUGACCUCGAAGGCAAGGUUGCCGAGUUUCACCGGUACUUGGACGACUGUCUGAAAAACUACCCAGAACUUUCGUCCGAGGUCUCACGAGUCAUAGCCGAGUCCAUGCACAAGUACCCGGCCCUCACCUUGAUGGCCCGCGACGCCCGCGACCCGGAAAGGCCCCGACCUCAGUCGCCCACAGAUAAGAUCCUCGACAGUGAAGCCCUCUCCGGAGACGCCCGCAAGUCGCCUCCGCCCAUCUUAUACCAUACAUCCGGCACCCCGAAGGAAGGCCCAAGAAGCCCCCACGAGCGCGAGAGAGAGUUCCAAGGCUUGUUUACUCCUAGAUACCUGCCCCUGCUCGAUAGCACCCACCGCGGCCUGCAGUCACCCCCGGAGUCUCCAGUCCCCACGCCGCUGCCGCUUCCCUUGUCUCAAGAUAAUGUGAAGAAAGUGGAUGACCUCAAGGAGCCAGAGGCCAUGUUAAAGUUUGACAUCCGCCCGACCCCGGUCAGACGGUUGACCGACCGAUCCACAUCGUCAGUUGAGUCGUCGAUAUCUGGAAGCGACUCAAAAGUGCGAAGGAGCGCUUUGCGACGUUCUUCGAGUUCAACCAAGGGCAGCCCACGCCGGGUGCGUUUCGAAUUUGCGGGCGAGGAGGUCUUUCCAUCGACCUCUCCCCAGGACGCUUCUGCCGUUACAGUCCCGCCCCCGCUGAGUGGGGAUGAUGGGGCUGAUGGGGCGCAGACGACUCCUCCUCCUCCUCCCCCCCCUCCUCCUCAACUGGAGGCCGCUGCGCCCAUCAUACCCUCGACAAGCGAACCACCUGCGUAUACUGGAAUAUCGUUGCUUGACGUUGAAGGCGAGGAGGACGCGCUGCCGAGGCCUAAGAAAGUCUCGUCCACGCAAGCACUUCGCGCCCUUUCUCGGAAUGCCCCACUGGAUGCCGGAAUUUGGACAGAGGUGAAUGCGGAUCCGGAAGAGGCGCCUAAGAUGAACAGCGGAAAGCAGGAUGAUUGCACCCUGAAGCAGGACCAGCCAUCAGGGCAGGUUUCUGAAGGAAAGCCGCAAGACGGUCAGCAUCUCGAACAGCUUCAUCCUCAAGCACAGAGCUUUACCAAACACAAAGUCGAGACCAAAUCGUCGCCCCUUGCACACCAUGUUGUAACGCAACAGUCCAAUGGCGACCAGAGUCUCGGAUCCCCACUGGAAGAGUUACAACGGGAUGAAGAUGACGACAGUUCUGACGACGACGAAUUUCUCUCGAUGAAAGCGAAGAAGAAGCCGGUCUCGCCAACUAUUCGAAGCUCAUUUGGGCGCCUACCUACGAUCUCCGAGACCGCUCAAAACACUGCGAGGUCCUCAGCCAACAACGCCGCUCACACUAAAUCGCCAGGAGUGGAUGAGUUCGGUAAAGGGAAAGUGGUGGAUGACGUACCCGAAGAUGCCUUCUUUGACUUUGAGGGAGAGGGCAUCUCCACCGGGGUAGAGUCCGAUACAGAGAAGUACAUUGCCGAAGAUGACUUCGACGACGACGACAACGACGCUGCUGCGAGUAAGGUACCGCCCGAAGAGCGUCCGAGAGUAGCCUCCAUAGCUAGCGGAUCCAAUGCUUCAACAGAGCCAGCCCCGGUCCGCAAGAUUCCUCCAGCUACGCCAUCGGCCGCCUUGUUUGGCCAUUCGGUCGGAUCGUACAAGGGAACGUCCAUGCGCAUGAACCCCAUCAGCAACCCGAAGCUGUAUGAUGAAAUUGCUGGCAUGAGAAACGUACACACAUUUGUUGGUAGUGUCGAUGGCCGCAGCGGCGUGGAGGCUAUCGACAUGGGGAGCUACCGUGCAUAUUUGGUUAAGAACCAUGCCAGUGCUACUCCCCGCAGUUUUACGGAGCGAUUGGCAUUCGAGGAGGCUAUGGAGCGGAGGAGAUCAAUGAGGGACUCGGACGAUGAAGAUUCGUAGAAGCAUACUAAUAAUGGCACGCUGUGGUUCGCAUGAUACCCUGGAGGAGCAGAGGGUUGGAAAGGAUUACGCAUGAAACUGAUGAGACAGGAGUUCAUGGGAUCGGUAUUACUGGAGACAGACAUUUCCUCUCUGAGCAUUGAAUUGAACCUGCUACAAGCGACGCUUCUCCUUCUAUUACCCUGUAAUGGUAAAAGCUUACCAUGUUAAACGCAAGUGGGCAUACGAGGAACCUUAUAACCUGUUGAUUCUGAGCGAGUGGCAGCCAGAUGGGAGACAUGGCGGGUGGUACACAAAGUCUAAUGCUCCGUAUGCAAUGAGAAAAUGCUUUAAUGGAACUUCUUGAAACAUGCAAUUCUCUAUGUCACCAUGCCCACAAGUC